AGUCGGGACUGGCCGCUCCCCGCUACCGGCCGCCGUGGGCACCCGCACCGUCCCAACGCACUCUAAAGCUGUUGACCCCCGUUGUCCAGAAUAUUGGGGUCCCUGGGAGUUCACUGCCACCUCUACCACGUUACACUUGCAUCCUUUCAGUGCCCUUACCUGCGGCCAGGUCUUGCCUCUGCACUAGACCAUGCGCUUUCAGGUAACAGCGAGCAUUUUGGAGGCCUCACCUUUGCUCUUGGUUCUCCCAGCAGGUAGCAAAUAGCUCCUUCCCAAGGAGCUAUGUAAAGUAAGGUCUUUUGGACACUCGUCUGUUCAACCUGGUGUCAGAUUACCUGCAUACUCUGUCACGUCUUCCAUUGUUUCGUGUGAGUCUUCUGAAGAGAAGACUCCUUGACGCGAUGAAGACCACGAUACUAAUGAAUACAGGCAGUUAAGCAGGCGUCUCUUUGUGCCUUACACCUAACCAUUUUGCUUACCCUGGCUCAGUGACUUGGUAAUGUUGCUUAACCUUGUGGGCCUACAUUUUGUCAUAAGAAGAUUGGGUUGGAUAAUCACUGAGAAUUUGCUGACUCUAAAAUUCCGUGGUUAGUGAGGAGUAGAAUUCAGAUUAUAUCACAAUAUGUUAAUGCUAAUCAUCAUCAACUUCCAUUUCUCUGCUAAUAUAAGUGAAAUAUAGCUAUAAGAAUCCUGGAAGGAGGCCUCAGGGGGUUCAGUCACUGCAGCAUGAGUUUGAUCCCCAGGCGGCCAGGGAGCGGACCCACAGGGCACAGCAGACCUCUCCUGACUCACCCACUGCUUCCCUCAGCAGUAUAUUUCAGUCAGUCUGCCUGUUCUGCUCCCCACUUUGUCUCUGAUCAUUGUUAGGGAGAACUCUGGGUACAAGAAUGAACUCAAUGUAUGUGAUGAUGGCUCAAAUCUUAAGAUCUCACCUGAUAAAUGCUUCAAUGAUUCCUCAUCAAAUGAAAAUGUUUCCAUGUCUUGAUGUUAUUAGAAAUAGAAUGAUGUCCACUCAUAAAUCCAGAAAGAAGAUUAGAGAAUACUACAAGCUGCUGAAUCUGGAAGAAGGCUGCUCUGCAGAUGAUGUUAGGGAAUCUUUCCAUAAGCUUGCCAAGCAAUAUCAUCCGGAUGGUGGCUCUAGUACUGCUGAUUCUGCGACAUUUAUAAGGAUUGAAGAAGCUUAUAGGAAGGUACUUUCCCACUUGACAGAACAAACAAAUGCCAGAAAGAAUAAAGUUGAAGAAGCAGAAGAAGAAGAGGAACAAUUCAAAUAUAAAACACCUCAACAUCGGCAUUACUUGAGUUUUGAGGGUGUUGGUUUUGGAACGCCAAGUCAACGAGAGAAGCAAUAUAGGCAAUUUAGAGCAGACCGUGCAACUGAACAGGUGAUGGAAUAUCAAAAGCAGAAGCUACAAAGACAGUAUUUUGCUGAUAGUUUAACUGUUAAAGAUGUCAGGCAGAGUAAAGAACAAAAAAUAACGCAAGCAAUAGAGCGUUUAGUGGAGGAUCUCAUUCAGGAAUCUAUGGCAAAAGGAGACUUUGAUAAUCUCAGUGGGAAAGGAAAACCUCUAAAAAAGUUCUCUGGCUGUUCAUAUAUUGACCCCAUGACUCACAACUUGAACAGAAUAUUGAUAGAUAAUGGAUACCAGCCAGAAUGGAUCUUAAUGCAGAAGGAAAUAAAGGAUACUAUUGAGCAACUCAGGGAGGCAAUUUUAGUGUCAAGGAAAAAACUUGGGAACCCAAUGACACCAACUGAACAGAAACAGUGGAGCCAAAUUUGUGAGCAGUUUCAAGAAGACAUCAGAAAAUUAAAUAAGCGAAUUAAUGAUUUCAAUUUAAUUGUUCCUCUCCUGACCAGGCAGAAAGUCCAUUUUAAUGCACAGAAAGAAAUUGUCAGAGCUCAGGAAAUAUAUGAGACCCUCAUAAAAACAAAAGAAGUCAUAGAUAAAAAUCCAAAUAACGUUGAUGGGAGAGAAGGGGAAAAAACACCUGAAGUCAAGGCAGGAUUUUUCAACUGGAUGAAUAUGUGGAAAUUUAUUAAAACAUGAUGAUUUCUAUGUUCACUAUCACAGCACUGCCCCAAAUUAUUUUCGUCUGGAUUGACAUCACACAUAGAGAUUUAUUGCUGUAACACAAGACUUUGUACUUUCCAGGAAAUGAAUCACAUCUCCCAUUGUGUGAGAAAGCUGUGAGAAACUGAGUCAGAAAUGUCCAACCAGCUACUGUAUCCUCUGAGGAUAGAGCAAUUUGAUCAUUUUCAGAGUUUCAAUAUCAGAGAUGACAAGAGACUGACAUUCAUGAGAUUGCUGCUUCCUAUCCACUGUCAGGAAAGCUCACUUUUUAGAUUCGUCUCAUUCAUUGCUUUAGCCAAGAACUGGGCAAUGGGGAGAAUAUGGAGAAUGGGCAAAAGGAGCAGGUCUGUUGUUUAAUCCAGAGUGCUGUGUUUUAGAAAGGUUCAGAAGUGUGGUUCUGAUUCACAAAGAAAAGGUUAUUUUGUAAAGUAUGUGAUAGUUGAAAAGAAUAACUACACCUUUAAAAGGAAAUUUCAGGCCUUUCUGCUUAUCUUCUGGAGCAUUCACUGGAAUACUCAGUGAUUAUUUUACUGAGUGAGUUCUCAUUUGGCUUAUACGAUGAUAGUAUUAUUAACCUAAACAAACUUGUAAAGAAUAUUAAGUACAGCUUUAUAAUAAGGGCUGUAGUUUUAAAACAUUUCAGAAGGCUCUGAGUCUGUGAAUCUCCUUAAAGAUGGAAAAUAGAUGUGUGAUUCCUGAUUGCAUUGUGGCAACAAAUAUAAAGGAAACCAUUGUCAAUAUCAAAUAAUGGGAAGGGAGGGUUACCAGAAAACCCUAGAGAAUUCUUAAUUUCAGCACAGCACACUUUAUGUUUUGUAAAUGUUGUCUAUAUUAAUAAUAAAGUUAAUUUUAACAAUCA